CAUGGCCACUGCUCGCAACGCCUCCCACGGCUCCACUACUGCCCUCCUCAACUUCGUCGCCCUCCUCUGCUCCAUCCCCGUGAUCGGUGCCGGCAUAUGGCUGUCCUCGAAGCAGGACAACGAGUGCGUCCACCUCGCCCGGUGGCCCGUCGUCAUCCUCGGCGUCCUCCUCCUCCUCGCCUCUCUCGCCGGCUUCGUCGGCGCCUACUGGAACCGGCCCGCGCUCCUCGCCGCUUACUUCUCCUGCAUGGCCGCGCUCAUCGUCAUCCUCUUCUCCCUCGUCGCCUUCGCCUACGCCGUCACCGCCCCCGACGGGUCCUACGCCGUCCCCGGCCGCGCCUACCGCGAGUACCGCCUCGCCGGCUACUCUGACUGGCUCCGCCACUACGCCCUCGCCCGGUGGCCGGAGAUCCGUCUCUGUUUAAGUGCGUCCGAGCUCUGCCGGGAGAUCGGCCGGGACCGACCGUACCUCACCGCCUAUCAAUUCUUCCACACCGAACUCUCCCUCUCCAGUCCAUCCUUCGGAAAAUAUUUUUGUUUUGAAGUUGAGGUGUGCUACUUGCCGCAGUCCGGUUGCUGCAAGCCGCCGGCAGUGUGCGGAUACGAGUACGUGAACCCGACGCUGUGGGUGAACCCGAGCGAGCCAGUGGCGAGCUCGGAUUGCCUGAUGUGGAGCAGCGAGGACGGCCGCCUCUGCUACGACUGCGCCUCCUGCAAAGGCGCGUUGCUGGGGAGCCUCCGAUCCGAGUGGCGCAGGGCCGCAGUCGUCCUCGUCAUCGCCGCCGUCCUCUUCGUCUGGGUCUACGCCUUCGCCUGCUGCGCCUUCAACACCACCCGUAAGUAGUAGCAGCGUUCUUUCAGCUGGUUUUUCGUUGCCUCAAUAAAUAGAAUCCACACCAACUCGAACGGUGCAGUAGUAUUUAUUUACCUAUUUUGAGUUGUACCUAACAAAUAUAUAAAAAUUAAAAGAACCUUCUAAAUAAUAUAAAUCGUCAAGAAAAAAAAAACAAUUCAUCAACUAUUUUGUAUCUAAAUAGUACAACAAAAAAAAUUACCUUCAUCCUCCUGUCCAAAACUUGAUAAGAUGAAUAUUAAAAAUGUGACAUUCACGUUGAUUUUCUAUAGAUUUCACUCCAACCUAUAAUACAAAUGGUAUCAGUGUCGAGUCAGGAAAGGGAUCUCCGACGAUGAUCCUUCGACGUACAAAUCAGUCUCCGACGAAUAAGAAAAAGAAAGGAGCGGAGCAACAAAAAGGCUGUAGUGCAACAGUAAAAUAUCGCAUACUUCCGUUGAUGUUUGGACUCCCCUUUAUAUAGAGCUCUGGUAGCGUGUGUGUACGUUUCUCAAGGCAAGCAUGCAUCUCAAAGUUUUUCCUUGAAAAGAUCUGUCAAUAAAGUAUCUUUGACAUAGUACCUUAACGGUUCAAGCA